AUGAGAUGUGACCUUUACACCAUUACACUGUCAAUCAUCGCUGGAGUGACGACAUCACCAAUCUCCGACCUAAUUGAGCGUACGAUAGUUGACGAGAAUUCCAUACUGUCCAUACCGUCACAAGGCAACACUCACGAGAUGUUGGAUAUCGUCGAACGAAGGACACCAUCUUUGAACGGGGAGAACGACAAAGUUAGGCUUGACUGCAAUGUACAAAGAAAGAAAAGUCUACUGAAGAAAAGCAAUGGAGACAUGGCUAUUUAUGUUCCCACAUGUUCGCCUACAGACUCCGUAUUCUACCUUCCUGUGCAGUGCUUGGAAGCACAAAAAUACUGCUGGUGUGUACAUACAGCUACAGGAGAACCUAUUCCAGGUACAUCAAUUCUGAAUGCAAAGCCACAUUGCGAAGAGGAAAAGCCGACACCGAAGUCGAAGAGAAAUAGAAAGAAUAGAUGUACGGGCAGGCGAAGAGUUCGCUUUAUACGUCGCUUAUUCGCUGCCAUUAAGGCCGAAAUGAUAAUUACAGGCAGUACAGCAUCAGAUAACGUUGGUAGAGAUGCUGCACUAAUGUGGAAAUUCGACAAGUUAAAUACUAAUAAGAACCAGGUAUUAGAGCGAAGUGAGUGGAAACCGUACAAGAACGCACUCUUGCAAUGGAAGAAGGUGAAGCAUUGCUCAAGAAAUUUUUUCAAAACAUGUGACGUUGAUUCAAAUCGUCGACUAACAUUUGAGGAAUGGAGAAAGUGCAUUGUUAAAGAUAUCACAAAAACGCCAACCCUUCGACCGGAUCAACUCAAUCCAUUUCUGUAUAUUCUAAAGGCAGACUAA